UAUUGGUGAACAAGAUAAAUCGUUAAACCGCUUAUGGUCUAAAUCGUUACUCACGCACUACAACAAAUCGCACAACACACAGAACAAGAACGAGGAAAGCAGCAGAGCCGAGAGAAGGGGAAAAAGUCAGCAAUGGCGGAUUUAUUUGCAUGGCUGAUUUCCUUUUUUCUCGUCAUAGCUGUUAUCGGUAUUAUACUUUUUGAGCUAAUGUGCUUGGCUGACCUUGAGUACGAUUAUAUCAAUCCAUAUGAUUCAGCAUCUAGAAUCAAUAAGGCUGUUUUGCCUGAGUUUGUUGUUCAAGGAGUUUUGUGCUUCCUCCAUCUGAUUACAGGACACUGGGUUAUGUUUUUGCUGUGUGUUCCGUGUACAUACUAUAAUGUAACACUUUAUACUAGGAGGCGGCACUUGGUAGAUGUAACUGAGAUAUUCAACCAGCUUCCUUGGGAGAAGAAGGUAAAAUUGUACAAGCUAGGAUACCUGGUCAUCCUUCUGGCUUUGACAAUUUUCUGGAUGAUUUGGACCAUUGUGGAUGAAUGAGCUCUCUGGUUUUGCACCUAUUUGUUAUACAUUCUGUGAGCUCUUGUUUUUGUACAUGGAAGUAUUUCAAUUCGCCUGGGCCCAUUUGAUGCUAAAAGAGAUCAAUUCCAUUCUUCUAGAAGUAGAAGAACAAUGUAUCUUGUCCAAUUCUUUUACUAGGGAUGUUCUAUACACUGACUGAAAACUAUAAUGAAACCUCAUUUGGAGCCUAGGGGCUGGUAAAACAUGUUGUAGGAACCAGAAGAUAAACUAGGAAAACGAAGUGAGUACUUAUAGAGCCAAUGGAAAAUCCAGUGUUUCUUCUCAUACAACAGGAAGUAGCAAAACUGUUAUCGAAUGCAGUUGAUUCUGUAGUUAUCUUGGGUUCCAGUGAAAAAGGAAAGUUAUUCA